AAUGACAUGUGUGUCAGUGUUGAAAUGAGUGUGGAACUCACUUUCAGCUCAUUCUGCAGGCUGACUUAGGAGCACUGGAGGCUGACUUGGGUCUUUAGGACAGGGGUCCAAGCGACUGAAAAGAGAAAGAAAUCAGAAGAAGAAAGGGACACCUUUUGCAUUUGUAGUUAGCUGCACAUUUUGGCAUCUUUUAAAUACAUUCUGGUGAAGGAUCUGCCUCCCGAUGCUUGGAACAAUUACUUUAACAGUGGGCCAGCCAGAUGGUGGGACUGUGGCUCCAAAAGAAGAGGUCCCAGAGAAUAUGGACACUCUCCCAGAUGAAGUGACUCCCCAGCUGAAUGGGGAGAAACUGGAUAAAGAGUCUCCAGAGGCAAACAAUAUUUCAUCCAUAGAAGUCAAGUCAACAGAGGAAAAAGGAGAGGAUGCAGGUGAAGUUGGCUUCAAGAAAAUCUUUACCAUUGUGGGCUUGAAAUUCACAGUUAAGAAGGAUAAAAGUGAGGAAACAGACCCUGUGAAGCUGCUGACGGUUAAAGACAAAGAAGGAGAGGAGGUCAGUGAAACUGAAGAACUAGCAAAGGAGAAGGAGACUGAAACUGAAGAGGAGGACAGCAAAACAGAGACAAUGGAAACAGAAAGGGAGGCGUCAACAUCUAAGGAUCCAGAAAAGGCAGAAACCACUGAUGGUGCUUCUGCUGAAGCGUCCAUUGAAGGAGCCAAGGCAGAAGAAGCUGAAAAGGAAAGUGAAACCCCUCCUACACCAAAGGAGACCAUAUCGCCCUUCAGGAAGCUUUUCUUUAUUGGGCUCUUCUCUAACCUGAGAAAGAAAAGCAGCAUCAAGAGGAUGAAAGAGGAGGAGGAGGCAGCAGCAAAGGGAAACGAGACAGCUGAUGUAAAGGAGGAAAAUGAUGUAAAAGAAGAGAAAACUAAGGAGAACACUGACUCAGAACAAGAAGUCAAGAAUGAGGCAUCGGCUACUCCUGUCGAGGAACAACCUGAGUCUAAAGAAGAGGGGACAACCCCUCCAAAAGAAGAAAAAUCCGACACAGCCACAGAAGCUCCGGCUGAAGCCUCGUCUCCUACAGAAACUACAGAUGAAAGCAAACAAGAAGACCAAAAGGCAGAAGCUGCGGCUAAAGAUGAUGCCGCACCAGAGGUGACCUCUGACACGGAGCUGCAGUCCUCACAGGAGAAGACAAAACAUCAUGGAAGUCCUUUGAAGAAACUCUUCACUGGAAGUGGCUUAAAGAAACUCUCAACAAAGAGACAGAAGAACAAAAAAGAUACUGAUUCUGGGGAGAAGGCCAAUGAGCAACUUCAAUCGUCCACAGAGUCAGAAGAAAGUCCAAAAGCUGAAAGCGGGCCCUCCUCUCCCGAGAGCCCAGCACCUGGAGAGCCUGUGAACGUCACGGAGGGUAAUCAGAAUGAGUCCAGCCAGGAAACUGAAGGUGAAGUUGCGUCUGAUGGUGAGAAGAAAAAGGAUAGUGUCAUCGCCUCCUUUAGGAAGCUGGUGACACCUAAGAAGCACGCUAAAAGGUUAUCUGACAGCGAAGACGAAGCCACAGGGGACAAACUAGCAAAGUCAGCCACGCUGUCUUCCUCUGAGAGUGCUCCAUUAGCCGAAAAGGGUGAUGAAGAGGAGACAAAGGAGGAAAAGGCCCCAGAAGAAGAGCCAAAGACUGACAACUCAGAAAAGCUAACCACCAGCACAGAGGAGACCAAAAAGAAAAUGGACACAUCUGUUUCCUGGGAGGCUCUGAUGUGUAUGGGUGGACCCAAAAAGAGGACAAGGAAGACUUCUGAUUCCGACGAUGACGAGACCAAAGCUGAAGAGGAAGCUCCAGCAGCAGCAGCAGAAGAAGGGGAACAAGAGGAGAAAUCUGAGCCUGCCGCCGUCGCUCCCCAGGAAACUGAGACUGAAGCAGCUGCUGCUCCGGCACCCGAGCCAGUAAGCGCCCCGCCAGUCAGAGAAUCCCCCUGGGCCACGCUGAAACGUUUAGUUGCAUCAAAAAAUAAGCCCAAAGUCGAAGUGAAGCCCGAGAGCUCCGCUGAAGUCCAACCAGAAACUGAAACACCAAAAGACGAGUCUACUUUCUCUCUGAAGAAGUUAUUCCCUGGACGCAAGAAGAAGGUGGCUGAAAAGCAACCGUCGCCGGAGCAAGAGGAAGACUCUGAAACCCCAGCUGUGGUUCCUCUGUCAGAGUAUGAAGAUCAAUCUCAAGCAGAGCAGGUAACGCCAGAGGAGAAAGCUGAAGUCCAGAACAAAGCCUUGGCUGAAGACAGAACCCCAUCAUGGAUUCCAGCCUCCGUUGAAGAUACUGAUGAUAGACGUGACCAGCUCAGUGACAUCACAGAAGAGGCAGAGAACGCCGCCACGCCAAAGUCUGUGGACACAGACAACACUGAGGAUGAUACUGAAGACAUAGUACCACCACCAAAUCGAGGGAGCAUGGGACGCAGGCUGUCCACUGCUGAGGUGAAGCCGAUCACUCCAGCUCCCGAUGCCUCAACAUCUCCUGUUCCCAAGAGCCCUGAGAGGGAGAGUGCAGUAGAAAUGUUAGGUGGAAUCAAGCCCCAGAUCACUGAAGUGCCAUUUCAGACCUGUGUGACUGUUGAAGAUCCACCAGUAAAUGUAGCUGCUGUCGCAACCGAACAGGAACCGCAAACAGAGACUGUAGAGUCGACGACAAAAACAUUUCUGGAGCCACACAAAUGUAAUGAUGCUACAGCCAUCUGCAUUGGCCUGGAGGCAAAGGAGUCUGCAGAUCCUCCAGUGGAGCAGCCCAUUGAGCCUACUGUAGAGUCUGCACCUGCACUCAAAAGUGCUCAGACCACCGAGUUGGCUGUGGAAGAGAAGUCAGACGCUGUGGAGGAGGCAACUGUCUCAGAAGACGCUGAGUUCAACGCUCACGUGGACCAAGUGCAAAUCCUUGAGCUUGAGCGUGUUGCAGAAGACUUAGCCAUCGAGGGCGCUGAGAUUGAAGUCGCCAGAGAGAGCUUCGAAUCAGAAAUUGAGAAGAUUGGAGUUGUCAGCAUAGAGAAUUCUGAGGUCAUUCAGCCAGUCACACUGAAGGAAAACUCUCCUAAAGUGGCAGUAGUCGAUUCCAUUUUGCCCACCCUUGAAACACCUCCCUGCUCCCAAAGCGUGGAAGUCACUGAGGUAACCGUGGAAACCAAGGAAAAGCAAGUGAGCACAGAAAAGCUUGCUGCUACUGGAGAAAACACCCCAGUGAGCGCAAUGCUCCAGGUUGUGGCUGACCAGGCAUCAUCCAACAGACGUGACAAGACAUCCAACAACAGAGAGGGGAGUGAAACAGCCGUUCCUGCAGUUGUGCCGAGCGAGGAAUCCGCUGUUAUGAUGGAUACGGUUGUUCUGGUUGCUCCUGAUGAAAAAGCAACAUCAGCGGUGGUGGUUGAGGGUAAUGCUUCCAUGUCAGAUACUUUAGAAUCAGCAAAAAAGAUGGCAGGGAAAGUCAAAGAAGAGGUCCAUCAGGACAAAGAAAUAAAGAAUCGAAGUGCAGAGAUUGCUCAAACUGUCAUUCAAGAUGCUGUGGACAAAGUGUCAGAAGAUGGGUCUCAAGGGAAUAAUGCAGAGAAACCAGGAAGCCUCAUUCCAACACCAGUAAAGGCAAUAGCCACAACGGAGAAAGAGGUUGAAGUUGCAACUGAGCCGGUGGUCAUCACAGACACGCCUUCUCCUGUUUUGUGUAAAAAAACAGUUAAGAAAGCACCCGUGCAGCUCUGUGUCGCCACAGAGGUUACUGAAAGUAUCCCAAUUGAGGUGAUUGAGGCCCUUGAGGGUGAAGCAGAAGUAGGGAAGGAGAAGAAACUAGAAAAACAUUUGAAGACAGCCGAAAUCAAAGUAAGUGAAGAAACUGUCAUUGAGGAAGAAGUUGGAGAGAUCCAGGCGGAGACUGGUGGGAAGAGAGAGCCGUCUAAGAAGACUGAAAGCAAAGAAGCCACUGAUGAUGUGAAAACACAGUCUGAGGAAAAAAAGGUGACUGAGAUCCACAUGCCCAUCCAGGUGAUCCUGCAGGAAGCAGAGGAGGUUGAGGAACCUCCAGUGGAAGUGGAAAUCGCCUCUGAGCUGAACGGUGAGAGUCCCGGCUGCAGCCCGGCUGCAAAGAACCCUCCAAGAAUAAAAAAGCUGUCAUCGCUGUCAGAGGAACCUCAAGUACCCGGCUCAGAAGAAGCUGCUGUUUGCAGCCAGGACACAGACACGACAGAAAGCAAGCCCUCAGUCAAGUGUGCAGAAGUCAUGGCGCAAGUGAUCGAGGUGAUCGAGGAAGCGGUGAAGGAGAUCGAGCCUCUGUCCACAGAGCUAACAGCAGCAUCAUGAGCAGUUGAAGCUACAAGAGCGAUGCCUGGGAGAACCACAGCCAAGACCAGGACGUGACCUAUGUGGAGGAGAGAGUGAGAGGGACCCAGAGAGACAUAGCAAGCAACAUCCACGCCGCUCUCUCCCACCUGUCCUCCUUACAGCUGGAAGAGCCACCGUUGUGACCUCACUCACAUGCAUGCCCUGCACCUCAGGAGCAUCCUGCCUCGCUUCUGAUCACUUUCGGUGUCUCUGUGACUCUGCGUUGCCCUUGUUGCGUUAAAAAUAUUCUGCUCCCUGUUUUAGGGUGGCCUAUGUGUGCAAGAUAGUGUGGAUUUUUACAUAGAUAGUGAGAGGAAUGAGGUGCAAGGGGGGUGAAAAAAACAGAGGAUUUUUGUCUUCUACUUUGUAUUUAUAUUUUGAGUAUCCAUCAACUUGUGUGUUUUUCCUUUUAUUCCACUGGCAAUUGUCCUAGUUUUCAAAAUAUCCACACUUUGCUAUAAUCCAUCUGGUAUGUUUUCCCUUUUAGUCUAUUAGCAUUUAAUUGUCAUGCGCAGGAACCUCUUAAAGGUUUCUUGUAGAAUGCAGCAGGACCAUUAUUUAAGGGUUUGUAGCAAAUAAGCCAUGGUACAAGUGUGACUCUACAGGCAAAGAAUAAAAAAAACAGAGUGAUAACAACCCAAAAUCCACCAUUUUUUUUACAUAUUACUUUUUCUCAGUGUGUAAGUCACCCUAAACAUGUAGAUAAACAAUCACUGCCUGAAUUACUGUGAAAAGACAUUAUUACAUUGUUUUAUGUUUCAAUAAAAUAUUAUACUCAUAAGUUGUGGCAGAGGAUUGUGGGAAAUGUAAUGUGAGAGGAAAUUAAAAUUAUUAGAGAUGAGAUGACACAAAAUAUAUGGCUGUCAUUCAUAUUUGCUGGUAAAAAGAAAGAGUUUAACACCCUCUGCUGUAGGUGGAAAGGAGUGCACCCAUUAAGCCUCACUGGUGAAUUUGGUGUAAAAAGAAUUGUUCAGUCAUAAGUUAAAGCUGUAACUUUUGUGUUUCUCAACCAAGGGUUUCACAGCUCAGGUUUUUUUCCAGCUGGCACCAGAGAGGACGGAGACCAAGGGGCAGAGGAUUUAGACAGGCAGAAACCGCAUGGUACCAGAAAUAAAUACAAAAGCUCAUUUUGCUCUUGAUUCAAAAGCCUAAUCGAGUUAAAAUUAAUCAGGGAGCCAUGGUCUUUCCAUCGAUCACAGGACAAGACAUCAGUUGCAUCCAAUUAGUUUCCUAAAGCUUCCACACAGCUCCUUCAAUUCAGGGAUCAAAUCCUAGUUGUAAGGUCAAGGCUUAUUUUGCCAAUUUAUUUACAAAGUGAGGGAUGUUUUAGGAACAGUUCUGCAAGCACCGAAGCAGACAUGUGACUUUGUUUGAGCUGGUAUUUGUGUUUUUUCCAAUUCAGUUGGAAAAAUUGCACAUUUUUUUAAUCAUGCGAGGAUCAUGAGCGUCAACCCAGGGUGCUUCCAUACCCUCCGAAAUUCAAUUAAUGCAACAAAACCCCUCAGCAAGUUUGCACCCUGUCACAUUUUUUUCACAUCCAACUCACUUUGAGUGUAAUAAAUAACCAUAAUAUGCCCCCCCCCCCCCCCCCCCCCCACAUGUCUGUACACCAUCUUGGAGCACACGUCCACCACUGUUUCUCCAUGCUUUUGUAACACACAUAACUGUGAACCUGAUAACAUGUGUACAGAUUGUAUACCUACUGUAUGUAGUUAAAUCCUAUUGUUUUAACAUUAACAAUUAACCUGCAGCUAUUUAGCAUAACAUUCAUGUAGCAUGGUCUUAUGUCUUUUAUAUCUUCUGAGCUGUUAAAUAGUAGGAAUUCAGAAAAGUCUAUGUUUCAUUCAAUAAAGAGAAAAACUUGCGCAA